AGUUAUUGUUAUCAUUCAGUUCGUUUAAUUUCUCUUUAGCAACAAAUCAGUUAUUCUGAGCUACAAAUUUAACAUGAACAAAAAUGUUCUAAGUAUUUUACCAAAUUUUAAACACAAAAUGCCAAAUUGCUUAUAAAUUACCAAUUAGACAAAAACCUAAUUAAAAACUAACUCCAAUUGACGAAACUUAUAUAAAGGCAUAUUUAAUUGAUAAUUAUGGAACCACUUAAGCAAUGCUAUUCGUUCGAUAUUAUUCUGCUGAAAUCCAGUCAACGACCACGCGAUGGGCAGGAGAACUUAUUCACCUACAGCGUCUGCCUAUUACAUGACUUUGUUGAACUGCCAGAGAACCGUCAGUUUGCAGAAUGCUUUCCUUUCAAGGCGCUGGGCAGGUUCGUGGCCAGCCCCUGCGAACUAAUUGGUGCACUGACCAAGGGCAUCCGCGUGAACGUGUACGAGCAUGGCCAGAUGUUUGGCCGUGGCAUCUGCAGGCCAUCGCAGCAAAUGCUGCGCCAGCUAGCGCGUCCCACAUUCCCGGUGAAUGAGGUUCUCAGUGUCAAGUUACUAAAGGACAAUAAGCACGUAGCUCACUUAGACCUUAAAAUUAUGUUCAGCUCUGCCGAUCCGGAUCCAGACACCCGAAUUCUGCCCGUUGGCUGUUACGAUUUCUGCCGUCCGUUGGAGAAGUCCAUCAAUCCGCGUGACUUCAUCUUCACACUGGGUCGCUCGGGAAAAUGCCCGGCGGCCUCCUGCAUCAUCGACGAGCGUUUUAUGACGCAUGUCGGAGCGCCAUUUAGCUGCAUGCACAAGAAAAGCCAGCCGACUGGCAGGGAAUGUGGUUGUGCCAGAGGCCGAUCUGCCCAAAGGUCGCGAUCGUAAGCUGCUAAAGAAGGUGCUGAUCCAUCUGUAGAUUGACUAGCUCGAUGGCUACCUCUAUUCGGUAGGGGAUGAGCAACAGAAGCAGCAGCCAUUGAAAUUUGUGUCGGUGACAACUGGAAUAUGAAUGGUGACCAGAAGUCAAGAGAUAGGCAUCGGCUGAUUGCUGAGAAGGGGGACGCCGAAAGCCACAGUUUGUGGGCACCAUCAAUGCCUGCAAGUAAAUGCGGCCUGGACCGUAUUUACAGCAGCUCGCAAGCUGACCCCACAAAAACAAAAGCCGUAAAAAAAAUAAAAACAACAACUUGAUCGAUUAAGAGAUCUAUCGCAUUACGAAUAACUUUAAAGAACUGCUGUCGAUGGCUUCGAGAAACGUUAGAGAAACCUGAUGGCGCUGAAUGAUUGUAAUCGAAUGUAAUUCAAAAUUCCUUGUUCUCAAAAGCCGCUGUUUCGUUUUUAACGCUAACAAGUUAUAAUUUACUCAGGUUUUGGCAUUGAUCAUUGAUCGAGUAUAUAUCAUAGAAUUUUUUGAAUUACAAUCAUUAUAUUUUUAAUUUUGGACGCUUAGAUCUUAAAAUAAAUGGUAAAAAUAACGAUUA